AUGUAAAAAACAAAAAAGGAUAAAAUUGCACAAUAUAUGCAAUUUGGUCUAUUUUUUGUGUGCUUUAGAGGAAAUUAUGGUCCACUAAUUUGUCUAAAAAAUAAGUCAAGGGCAAAAAAGUUAUCGUUGCUCUUAAACAACAGUUUUAUCAUGAAAUAAGUUUCAUAUAUGAAUUAAAUAGUUUAAUAAUACGAAAUAUUAACGUGUUAAAUUUUUGUUUUGAGGUUUGGAAGAGGAAAUACGCUAGUAGUUAAUGUCACAAGUAGGUGACUAAGCUCAGACAAAUUAAGGCCGUGAAUGUAUCCUUGGACGAUUGUACCUAAACGAAAUCAUUGUCUGUCAUAAAGAGAGACAUCACAGGCAGUGACGCUGAAGGGCAUUUAUUCAUUUUCUGGAGAAGUUUCUAUAAAAAUCUAUGUGAAUCACAGAAGCAUUUUACCACAUUAUUCACACCAUUUUUAUCACUUCUCAAACUCCUCAAAUCAUUUACUAGACUUCUCUCUUCAGGUACCAUAGUUUUGGAAUGGCCGCAUGUGAAGCUGCUAAUGCAGAAUUGUUGGAAUUCCCAAAAAAAGACAAGCGGAGAUUUCUGCAUGUUGUGUACCGUGUCGGGGAUCUUGAUAAAACCAUUAAGUUCUACACAGAAUGUUUUGGAAUGAAAUUGCUGAGGAAACGAGAUGUUCCAGCGGAGAAAUAUUCCAAUGCAUUUCUUGGUUUUGGUCCGGAAGAGUCCAACUUUGCAGUAGAGUUAACAUACAACUAUGGGGUGGACCAUUAUGAUAUAGGAACUGGAUUUGGACAUUUUGCAAUUGCUACCCCAGAUGUGUACAAAAUGGUUGAAGACAUCCGAGCCAAGGGAGGUACCAUAACUAGAGAACCUGGUCCAGUAAAAGGUGGAUCAACUGUAAUAGCUUUUGUGAAGGAUCCUACUGGUUACCUAUUUGAGCUUAUCCAGCGAGGUUCGACUCCUGAACCACUUUGCCAAGUAAUGCUUCGUGUUGGUGAUCUUGAGCGCUCAAUCAAAUUCUAUGAAAAGGCUUUGGGGAUGAAGGUAGUGAAGAGGACUGAUAGGCCUGAACAAAAGUACACCAUUGCAAUGAUGGGUUAUGCCCCUGAGGAAGAGACAACUGUUCUGGAGUUGACUUACAAUUAUGGUGUGACGGAGUAUACUAAAGGAACUGCAUAUGCACAGGUUGCUAUUAGUACCGAUGAUGUCUACAAAAGUGGUGAGGUAGUCAAGUUGGUUACCGAAGAGCUUGGUGGAAAGAUAACUCGUCAACCUGGUCCUGUUCCCGGAAUCAACACAAAGAUUGUCUCUUUUCUUGACCCAGAUGGCUGGAAAACUGUUCUUGUUGACAACGAAGAUUUUCUCAAGGAGUUGAAGUGACUGAAAUCGAUCUCCAAGUAGUUAUUAGUAUUACUACUAUGGCCGACUGCUUUUCAUAAAUAAAUAAAUGUUUCAUCAUUUUAACUCUGAAUCUUAAGGAAUUAUGUGAUAUAAUAUGAAGUAUGAAUGAGAAUACUAGGACUGAGAUGAAAUGAGUAAACGUUUGGCUAUUCUAUCAUUUGUACUUCGCAAAAAUAAAUUGUGCUCGAUUAUCAUGUGGAUUUUCAAAUCCGAAGUUACAUACUAGUAGUGUCAUUUUGGCUUA